AUCGUGGAGAUGUGCAUUACGAUGGGUUGUUUUAGGAAACUUGUCCUCGCUAGCUUGCUCGUGGGCACCGUUUGCUGUUCCUUGUUGCUCCUCCUGUGGGUAUGGCUCGGUGUGGAGCUUAUACCAAACGAAAUAAGGAAUCCACGCUCCAUCGAUGGUCAAUCGUUUGAUUAUAUCAUUGUCGGUGCCGGAACGGCAGGAUGUGUGCUGGCAAACCGGUUGUCCAGCAACCCGAACGUUAGCGUGCUGCUUAUAGAAGCUGGUGGUACCUUUGGUGCCGCUUCGAUCGUGCCCUUGAUGAGCACGGCCAUGCAGGGUACCAAGUACGAUUGGGCUUUCCGGACAACCCCUCAAAAGUACUCCUCACACGGAUUGGAUGAUAAUCAACAACUAUUGCCACGUGGCAAAGGAUUGGGAGGUUCGGGACAGAUUAACUAUAUGUUGCACUUCACUGGCACCCCGAGCGAUUUCGAUCGAUGGGAACGACUAGGCGCACUCGAUUGGAGCUGGCAGGCAAUGAAGCCAUAUCUGGACCAACUAGAGGCACGCAUCGAGGCGCACAGCACUGGCGCUACCGAGGCAGAGUGUAUGCAGAACUUGGCCCCCGAUGAGCUGUACGAGCAACGCUACUCAUCAAUCAUGGCGGAAAGCAGCGACAAGAGCGGCACCAUAUCCUUCUGCCAACACACUACCACAGAUCAAUUCAACAGUGCACAAGGAACCCCCACGAAGGAUGGCUUAUACAUAACGAGUGUAGAUCCAGAGGAAUCCCUGCUUGCCAGAGUGUUCUCCGAUGCACCGGCAGAGCUUGGACCGGAGUACGUCUUCAAACCGGCCCGAUACACUAUACGGAAUGGCAUUCGCUGGAGUAGCUAUCAUGCACAUCUACGGGCUGCCUUUGGUCGUCCUAAUCUAACGAUACUCACGUCCACAACCGUUGCGAAAGUGAUUUUCGAUGAAACGAAACGUAUAAAAGGUCUGCUACUGCAUGGUGGUGGAACGGACGUUGUUUCUGGCGGUCCAUCACCAGCGGUCAUGGUACAUGUAGAGCGUGAGGCCAUACUUAGUGCAGGAGCACUCCAGACACCUCAGCUACUAAAACUGUCAGGUAUUGGGCCGAAGAUGGAGCUACAACGUCAUGGCAUCCCAGUGCUACAUGAUUCACCACAGGUUGGUCAGAAUUACUUCGACCAUUUGAAUCUGCCUCUGUUUGUAUCGAUCAAUGCGACGGCCAGUGUGACCGUGGAUAAGGUGCUUUCGAUCGAUUCCAUCGCGCAGUAUCUACGGGACGGUCGAGGGGUACUAGCGACGACAGCUAUCGCCGGUAUCGGUGGACCACUUGGUGGACGCCACGGUGUCAUCCUGUUCGGUAUGGGAAGCGUCGAUGAGCAGGCCCUUCGACACGUUUCCAAUAUGCGACAGGAGACGUUCCGGGCGUUCUUUCCCUUCUAUCGCAAUGCCAGCCAGGAAGGGUUCCUGUUUCUCAGCACAUGCCACCAACCGCGCAGCCGUGGGGCCAUCUUUUUGCGUGACCAGCACAUUACCAGUGUACCUUUCUUCAAUCCGAACUAUCUGAAAGAUCGAUCCGAUAUCGAGUGUAUGAUGAAUGCCGUUCGAUUGGCAGCGAAAACCGCGGAGACGCAAGCGUUUCAGAGCAUCGGUGCUCGGUUGCAUUGGCCACGCAUUAAGCGAUGCUCAAACUUUGGCCCACCGGAGACCGGUGCACCGUCGGAUCGGUAUCUGGAAUGUAUUCUGCGCACCACGGCCCUUACAGGUCAUCAUCCCGGAGGUACUGCCGCCAUGGGGCUGCACGCGGAGUCUGUCGUAGAUAACCAGUUAAGAGUCAACGGAGUGAACGGUUUACGUGUCGUAGAUGCCAGUGUGUUUCCAGCACCCGUUUCCGGUACGCCCAACUCGGUCGUCAUAGCCGUAGCAGAGAAGGCAAGCGAUAUAAUUCUACAAAGUAAUCAUUAUACCUAA